GGGUUCUUGAGUGUCUGAGUGAGUCUUAGUGCCAUGUUGUGUUGCCCAUUUCUGCCAUGGGGAGUGCGGGGAAGCUCUCGUCCUUUGGCGGUGAUAGGCUGAUUCGUUCAAUCACCAGGUACUUACAUCACAUAGCUCACUAGCACGGAGGGACAUGUACUCGUACCUCGACGGGCGAUGAAUAAGAAAGACUACGCGCAAAUCACGAUCAAUCAGUCAUUUCACCCGUUCCCUAGUCCCAUCGAAUCAAUUGAAAGAUCUUGAUUCAUUUUAAGAUCAGAUCCAUGUCUCCAUGUCCCAAUUACUCGCAUUGUUGGGGGUAUUUUGCAUCGAUGAAUGUGCAUUCCGAGCUGUCCAAGGCAUGACGACGGAACGGAACAGCUUCAGUGACAGGGGAGGGGGAGCAGUAAAGCUGGGGAAGUGGGUCUCUCUGGAAGGCAGGAGCGGGGCAUCGACCCCACCCGCACCUGCCUCAUGGAAUCCACUCCCCUACAAAGGUACCUCAAUCACUCUCAUUCACCAUCGUCGACGUGAAGUGAAAGAAUAAAGUGAAACAAGUUCAUUCAAUCAUCACCAGAAGUGUUUCGAAGUUCAAACUCAAGCAGGGAGU